AAUGAUAAUCAUUAUAUAAGCCUAGAAGCAGCCAUAAAUUUCCAUAUACUCAUCUGAAUGUUAAAUCUCCGCCCUUCCUUCCUUAUCACACCCCACACUCUCUUAUAUCGUCUCCCCACCACCAUUCUCUUCUAGCGGAUGAGAGCUUCAAUUCUUACUGUUUCAAUGCUUAUGCCCUCUUUGUUAUCCUAUCUUUAAAAUACCUUUGUUUUUCAGCUUUUAACUAAUUGGCUAUUGCUGCCCUUCCUUGAGAAGUUUGACAGUGCAUUAAAUACCCCUUUUUUCUCUCUGUUCUUCAACAUUGAAGUUUCGGAAAAUCUUCUGUUUUGCUGCCGCUGCUUGGCCUGCAGCUAUAUAUAUCUAGCUAAAGAAACUCGUUCUUCCUAUCUACUCAGUUGAAAAUGGCUCCCAGGAACAGCCGCGGAAAGGCCAAAGGAGAUAAGAAGAAGAAAGAAGAGAAGGUUCUUCCAGUGGUCAUGGACAUCACCGUACACCUUCCUGACGAAACUCAUGUUAUUCUCAAGGGAAUAUCAACAGACAGGAUCAUUGAUGUUCGUCGUCUUUUAUCGGUGAAUACUGAGACCUGCAACAUCACAAAUUUCUCGUUAUCCCAUGAGGUUAGAGGGUCGCGGUUAAAAGACACUGUCCACGUUUCAGCGCUCAAGCCGUACGUCCUAACUUUGACCGAAGAGGGCUACGAUGAAGAGAGCGCGGUGGCGCACGUUAGACGGGUUCUGGAUAUCGUGGCUUGCACCACGUGCUUUGGUCCAUCGGCCACCGCCAAAGAUCAGCCCAAGCCCGACGCCAGCAAGAAUGCUCCGUUUGCGCAGGACAAGGGCGGUGCCGCCGCUAAGAAAACCACCACCUGUGCGAAUAAGGAAUCGUCGUCAAAAUCUUCAUCUAAGGACGUGGCGGUGGAUGUAGAAGGAGAGAUGAGCCAUUCUUGUCCUAAACUCGGCACCUUCUAUGAAUUCUUUUCGCUUUCUCAUCUCACUCCUCCUCUUCAAUUCAUAAGGAGGACAACUAAGCGGCAAGUUAAGGGGACCUCAGGCGACGAUCGUAUCUUCUUCCUUGAAGUUAAGCUUUGCAAUGGAAAGCUGGUUCACGUGGAAGCUUGCCGGGAAGGUUUUUAUAGCGUUGGGAAGCAGCGGAUUCUUUGUCACAAUCUUGUUGAUUUGUUACGCCAACUUAGCAGAGCUUUUGAUAAUGCAUACACUGAUCUCAUGAAAGCAUUUUCAGAACGGAACAAGUUUGGGAAUCUUCCCUAUGGCUUCAGAGCCAAUACCUGGCUCAUACCUCCAAUUGCAGCACAAUCACCUUCAAAUUUCCCACCUCUCCCUAUGGAGGAUGAAACAUGGGGGGGUAAUCAAGGCGGUGUAGAAAGAGAUUGCAAAACUAAUUUGAUACCUUGGGCCAAUGAGUUUUCAUUUCUUGCAUCUAUGCCCUGCAAGACAGCAGAGGAGAGACAGACACGGGACAGGAAAGCAUUCCUUCUUCACAGCCUAUUUGUAGACAUGGCCAUUCUUAGAGCCAUUAAGGCUGUGAAGCAUGUAAUGCAAAAGCUGAAUCCCAGUUGUUCAGUAAAAAAUUGUGAAACUCUGUACACUGAGAGAGUGGGGGACUUGAAUAUUAUGGUAAUGAAAGAUGCUUCCAAUGCAAGCUGCAAGGUGGAUACUAAAAUUGAUGGAAUUCAAGCAAUUGGAGUAGAUCACAAGAAUUUGCUUGAAAGAAACUUAUUGAAAGGGAUAACAGCUGAUGAAAAUACGGCUCCAGAUGACAUUUCCACUCUUGGUGUACUAAAUGUGAGAUACUGUGGCUAUAUUGCCAUUGUGAAAGUUGAGGGGAGAGAGAAUGAGAAAAGCAGUCCCCCAUCUCAAAGCAUUGAACUUGAACAGCCUGAAGGCGGGGCCAAUGCCCUCAAUAUUAACAGUUUGAGAUUACUUCUUCACAAAACAAUACCUUCAGAACUCAAUAAACCAGCUUUGCCUUCACAAAUUUUGGAACAUGAAGAGCUUAGUUCUUCCCAAGUCUUGGUAGAGAGACUGCUGGAAGAAAGUCUUGCUAAGCUUGAGGAAGAGGAACUCGAAGAGAAACCAUUUGUUAGAUGGGAACUAGGAGCCUGCUGGAUACAACAUUUACAGGACCAAAAUAAUACAGAAAAAGAUAAAAAACCAUCUGGGGAGAAGCCUAAGAAUGAGAUGAAGGUUGAGGGACUUGGGACGCCUCUUAGGUCCCUCAAAAACAAGAAAAACUCAGAUGGGAAUAUGGUGUCUGGAAACUCAAAUUCUCAUCCAGAUGCUGUUGAAAAUGUUACAGCAGCUUCUAUAGAAUCUCAGCUUGAAACCAGUUCAAGAGAUGAUGAACUUGUGCUGAAGAGGAAGUUAUCUGAAGAGGCCUUUGCUCGACUAAAAGAAUCAGAGACUGGACUUCAUUGCAAGUCUUUACAGGAACUAAUUGAGUUGUCACAGAAAUAUUACACUGAAGUUGCUCUUCCAAAACUGGUUGCAGAUUUUGGUUCUUUGGAACUUUCACCAGUUGAUGGACGGACUCUAACUGAUUUCAUGCAUGCUAGAGGUCUUCAGAUGCGUUCUUUGGGACAUGUUGUCAAGCUUUCAGAAAAGCUAUCACAUGUGCAGUCACUUUGUAUUCAUGAGAUGAUUGUUCGGGCAUUCAAGCAUGUUCUGCAAGCAGUGAUUGCCACUGUUGUUAACACUUAUAAAAUGGCUCUAUCAAUAGCUUCUGCUCUGAACCUGAUGCUUGGAGUUCCUGAGAACGGAGAACUACACAAGUCAUGCAAAAUCCAUUCCCUAGUGUGGAAGUGGUUGCAGGUCUUCUUGAUGAAGCGAUAUGAAUGGGAUAUUAGCAACUUAGACUUCAAGGACAUUAGGAAAUAUGCAAUUCUACGCGGAUUAUGCCAUAAGGUAGGAAUUGAGUUGGUUCCAAGGGAUUUUGACAUGGAUUCUCCUAGUCCAUUCCAACCAUCUGAUGUUGUCAGCCUGGUUCCUGUGCAUAAGCAAGCGGCAUGCUCAUCUGCUGAUGGAAGGCAACUUUUAGAAUCAUCAAAAACAGCCUUAGAUAAGGGAAAACUGGAAGAUGCAGUGACUUUUGGAACCAAGGCUCUUUCAAAACUGGUAGCAGUUUGUGGUCCAUAUCAUCGAAUGACAGCUGGAGUUUACAGCCUUCUUGCUGUAGUUUUAUAUCACACCGGGGACUUCAAUCAGGCCACAAUAUACCAGCAAAAAGCCUUGGAUAUCAACGAGAGAGAACUGGGACUAGAUCAUCCAGACACAAUGAAGAGUUAUGGAGACCUUGCUGUAUUCUAUUACAGGCUUCAACAUACAGAACUUGCUGUUAAAUAUGUAAAGCGCGCUCUGUAUCUUUUACAUCUUACCUGCGGCCCAUCUCAUCCAAAUACUGCCGCAACAUACAUAAAUGUAGCUAUGAUGGAAGAAGGCCUGGGCAAUGUGCAUGUUGCCCUCAGAUAUCUUCACAAAGCUCUGAAGUGUAACCAAAGGUUACUUGGUCCAGACCAUAUUCAGACAGCAGCAAGUUAUCAUGCAAUUGCAAUUGCUCUCUCGUUGAUGGAAGCAUACCCUUUAAGUGUCCAACAUGAACAAACAACCUUGCACAUUCUCCGAGCAAAGCUAGGCCCAGAUGAUUUGCGUACCCAGGAUGCUGCUGCAUGGCUUGAGUACUUUGAGUCCAAGGCAUUUGAACAGCAAGAAGCUGCUCGAAAUGGUACUAGGAAGCCAGAUGCAUCCAUUGCUAGCAAGGGCCAUUUAAGUGUAUCUGAUUUGCUUGACUAUAUUAAUCCUAAUCACGAUGCCAAAGGGAAAGAUCUUGCAGCAGGAAAGAGAAGAAGCUAUGUUAUGAAGGUGAAGGGAAAACUCCAUCCAUCAAGUUCUGAGGGAUCCCCCAAACAGGCUGCAAACGAAGCUUCAGAUGAAGAGACACUUUUAUCUGAACAGGAAGAUAAACCAGAUGCUAACAAGGAGACGGGCUCUUCUUUAUCAGUGCAGUCCCAGGUUCCUGAUGUGGAAGAGACAACAGAAGCAAGACGAAACCUUGAUAACCACAUUCUGUCUGAAUCACAUGCUGAAGGGGAUGAUGGGUGGCAAUCUGUUCAAAGGCCAAGAGCAUCUGUCUCGCUUGGACGGAGACUAAAGCAGAGGCGAGCAACCAUAGGCAAGUUUUUCAGUUAUCAGAAAAAGAAUGUUGAUUCUGAUAUGGAAUUUCCUCUGGUCAAGGCCACUCAACAAAAUAGUAGGUUUUACCUUUUAAAGAAACGAACAAUAUCUCAUGGAGCUUAUACAGAUCAGCGCACAAUGAAUCCCUCCCAAGGUUCAAAAUUUGGACGGAGAAUAAUUAAAACUGUUACAUACAGGGUUAAGCCCACUCCUUCAUCUUCUAAAAAUUCAACUGAAAUCUAUAGAAAUGGAGGUGAGGUGUUUAAUUCUUCAGGGGAAUCUGCUUCCAGCCUUGCACCUAAUGAUCACCGUCCAAUAAAAAAUUCUAUGGUCAGUCUUGGGAAAUCUCCUUCGUACAAGGAAGUAGCGUUGGCCCCUCCAGGUAGUAUUUUCAAACUGCAUUUCAGGCCUGAAACUGAUUGUUCUGAUAACCCAAACUUCAACACUGAAAAAUGUCGAGAGGAAAUGAACGAAAUGAAAGACAAUUUUGAUCCGUUGACUACGGGGAUAACAAACAUAUUUGAAAAGAAGAGUGAGAACACCAUAUUGGAUUCAACAGACAGCUCGAAAGAGGAAAUUGGUAUAGUUGAAAACAAAGAAGGAACUAGGCCAACUGCUGUGAUGGAAGAUCACUCUCCUUUGGUGGUGUCUGAAGUAGCGUUGGCCCCUCCAGGUAGUAUUUUCAAACUGCAUUUCAGGCCUGAAACUGAUUGUUCUGAUAACCCAAACUUCAACACUGAAAAAUGUCGAGAGGAAAUGAAUGAAAUGAAAGACAAUUUUGAUCCGUUGACUACGGGGAUAACAAACAUAUUUGAAAAGAAGAGUGAAAACACCAUAUUGGAUCCAACAGACAGCUCGAAAGAGGAAAUUGGUAUAGUUGAAAACAAAGAAGGAACUAGGCCAACUGCUGUGAUGGAAGAUAACUCUCCUUUGGUGAUGUCUGAGGGAGUGGAGGGACAAGAACUUGAAGCUGGUGGUCAUGAGGUUCUUGAAGUUGUACAGGAUGGCAUAUUCAUAAAUGGCAUGCCGAAUUCAAUUGAUUCUCCUAAAAAGGAACUCUGUAAUUCAAACUCCAAAUUACAAGGGGUGGAAGAAUUGAAGGAGAAACCCUUGGUCCUUAAUUCAGGUAAUGUUCAGGGACUUGCCACUAAGAAGUUAUCUGCAUCUGCAGCUCCUUUCAACCCAUCAACACCCAUUUCACGUGCGGCACCGCUCCCCAUCAACAUCACCCUUCCUCCUGCUCCUAGACCUGUUCCAGCCAUUGCCCCUUGGCCGGUGAACAUGCCUAUUCACCCUGCACCUCCUACCGUCUUACCAAAUCCAAUAUGCUCUUCCCCUCACCAUCCAUAUCCAUCACCCCCUCCAACUCCAAACUUGAUGCAGUCUCUACCCUUUAUGUAUCCACCCUAUACCCAAACCCAACCUGUACCAACAAGCACCUUUCCUAUAACUAGCAAUCCUUUUCAUCCCAGUCAAUUCUCAUGGCAGUGCAAUGUGAACCCCAGUGUACCAGAGUUCAUUCCUGGGGCAAUUUGGCCUGGUCAUCCAUUGGAGUUCUCUAUACCACCAUUGAUUGUUGAGCCAAUUGCUGAUCAGAUAUUGGAGCCCAAAAUGCAAGGUGAUGUUGCAAACCCAAGUUUCGCUCCAAUGCUGCCGGUGGAUAUUGACACCGUUGGAGAAGCUAAGAAAGAAGUCAACAUUUCAGCAUCUGAGGCAAAAAAUAUUGUUAAUGAAGUAGCUAGAGUUGGGCCGGAAAGUCUAAAGGAAAAUGGUCACUUGAAUCAAGGUAUGGUUGACAGUUCUGGGAAUGGACUGAGCCAAUACAACAGCCCAAACAAAAAUGCUGAAAGCAGUGCUGAAAGGAAGAGUGAUGGUGAGAAAACCUUCAGCAUUUUAAUCAGGGGUAGAAGAAACCGAAAGCAGACGUUGAGAAUGCCAAUCAGUUUGCUUAGUCGACCAUAUGGCUCACAGUCUUUUAAAGUUGUAUAUAACAGAGUGGUCAGAGGGAGUGAAGCUCCAAAAUCUGCUAGCUUCUGUUCGAGUGAAAAUUAUACAGCUAGUUCUACUAGCUGAAAGUUUUAUUUCUUGCUGAUUUAGCAUAGCAGGAUUGUCAGGAACGGGGUAGAAGGAACAAACUUCGAUCAAUCCUAUGAAAGGCAAAGACAAAUCUUUCUAGCUUCACGGUAACAAACUACAUUGCCCAUUGGAUUUGUGAUCUAAAAAUUCAGAUGCUAUAUAUUUGGCUUCUACUUGAUUCAGCUGAAGUCUGAACAAGGACGGAAGUGACUUUUCAAAUCAGGUUCAAGUGGUAAUUAACUAUUGGGGAUUAAGUAGGCAUUGUUAAGGUGACAAUUUUGGUUUAUACUUAAGUUGGGAAAUUUAUAAUAUCUUGGAUCACAGAAUUUUAG